AGAGGAGGAGUCAGAGCCACUCCGGACCCGCACUGCUCGGUCCCGCGCCGCGCGCUCCAUCGGGCUCCGCGUCUCUCUCCGUGUGCCCAUCCCGCAGCCUCCUCCCGGCGCAGACAUGGCCUCAGGAGCCACCCUCCCAGCCGUGAAGAUUGGAAUCAUUGGUGGAACAGGCCUGGAUGAUCCAGAAAUCUUAGAAGGAAGAACCGAGAAGUAUGUGGAUACUCCAUUUGGCAAGCCUUCUGAUGCCUUAAUUUUGGGGAAGAUAAAGAAUGUUGAUUGCGUCCUCCUGGCAAGGCAUGGGAGGCAGCAUACCAUCAUGCCUUCCAAAGUCAACUAUCAGGCGAACAUCUGGGCCCUGAAGGAGGAGGGCUGUACUCAUGUCAUAGUGACCACAGCUUGCGGUUCCUUGAGGGAGGAGAUACAGCCCGGCGAUAUCGUCAUUAUUGACCAGUUCAUCGACAGGACCACCAUGAGGCCUCAGACCUUCUAUGAUGGGAGUCACUCCUGUGCCAGAGGAGUGUGCCACAUCCCAAUGGCUGAGCCGUUCUGCCCCAAAACGAGAGAGGUCCUGACAGAGACUGCUAAGAAGCUAGGACUCCGGUACCACUCCAAAGGGACCAUGCUCACGAUUGAAGGGCCACGUUUUAGUUCACGGGCAGAGAGCAUCAUGUUUCGCACCUGGGGGGCAGAUGUUAUCAACAUGACCACAGUUCCAGAGGUGGUUCUUGCUAAGGAGGCUGGACUUUGCUAUGCAAGUAUCGCCAUGGCAACAGAUUAUGAUUGCUGGAAGGAGCACGAGGAAGUGGUUUCGGUGGACCGGGUUUUAAAGACCCUGAAAGAAAAUGCCAACAAAGCCAAAAGUUUGCUCCUCACGACCAUACCUCAGAUAGGUUCCAUGGAAUGGUCAGAAACCCUCCAUAACCUGAAGAAUAUGGCCCAGUUCUCUGUUUUAUUACCAAGACAUUAAAAUAUAGCAUGACUUCCCAGAAGAUAAGACUUUCUAAUUCUAGUCAUAUGGGGAAUUCUUGCUUAAUCUGAAAAGCUUUCGUGCCCUUGCCCGCUAAGGAAGAACAUGUGCUAAGACCAUGCCCGUGUGAAAGAUGCCUUCCGAAAAACAUGGACUGCUCCAAAAAACAGGGAAGCAAAUGACCAGUAAACAUGUGAAAAUUCCUAACCUGUAGAGAAAAGACAAGAAGAUACCAUUCACCCUUCCCCCAUUAAAUUCAUAACAGUAACAGGUGGGAGGUGCAGUUUCUUAUGUUGCCAAGGAUAUGAAGACAAAAUGGGACUUGGACUAUUUAUUGGUGGCACUGUAAAUGUCUACAGUCUUUCUGGAGAGUGGUUUGGUAAAUGUACCAAAAGGCUUAAAAACACUUAACACCCUU